AUGGGUCAGUUCCACCUUUCCUUAGUCAUCCUCACAGUUUACCUCAUUUCUUCUCCCGCUUUGGGGAAAUCUGGGGUUCACAUCAUAAGUGGCGUUCCGGGCGCAUUACGGGUUCAUUGUAAAUCUAAAGAUGAUGACAUCGGAACGCACACGCUCUCGAAUGGUGAAGAGUUCCAAUGGAGGUUCAGGCCCAACAUCUUCCGAACCACUCUCUUCUAUUGCUAUUUUUUCUGGGAAGAAAAACAAAAAAGUUUUGCUGUUUACGAUGCCAGAAUAAGUCGUAUAUGUAAGGAGAAUACAUGGAAUUGCGAUUACUACUGGCUAGCGACACCAACAGUUUUUAAUAUCAGCGCUGAUAAUAAGGAAACCUGGAAAACAAUCAAUUAUUGGAACUGA